AGCGGAAGUAAACAGUAAUCACGUUACAACCCGGAAGAAUUGCCUUUCUCUGAUUAACGUUUGAAUAGACAAGAAUGAGCAAUUUAUCUCGGGAAGAAACGAUUAAACGCGAUGCUGCUAACAUCGCACAGCCUUUGAGAGACAUAUCCGUGUCUUAAUCUUCGGUACCGGAGUCAGAGGCGGUCGAGUGUGAGCAGCAACGCCCUGAUGCCAGCAGCCACCCCGUCGGAGAAAAAUAUCCUCGCUCUGUUUACAAAUCGGCUAGGAGACAUUGUUUCCUCGCAGUGUGUAGUUAGCUAGCUAAUCGUGCGGUUGUGUGUGUUUUUCAGACGAAGAAAAAACAUGGCUGAACUGCAUGUUGUGGAACAGAGCGGCACUGCAACCAUAGAGCAGCCCGAGCACCGCGAUGUCCGGGGCUCGGUGCGCCUGGCGUCGCCCACUCUCAUGGUUCCUCCGCCGCGGAGCAGCCAGCUCAGUCCCGGCGGGGGGUCGAGCGGCUGUGGCGGACGCACAGUCUUCGGGUUCCCGGCGAAGAGCAACCCGAGCUCCCCGUCCGAACCGGUGGACAAGCCUGGCUCGCGCUGGGCUCGCCUGAACGUCGGUGGGACCUACUUCAUCACGACCAAACAGACGCUGUGUCGGGACCCCAAAUCGUUCCUGUUCCGACUGUGUCAAGAAGACCCCGACCUGGACUCCGACAAAGACGAGACAGGAGCCUACCUGAUCGACAGGGACCCCACAUACUUUGGCCCCAUCCUGAAUUACCUUCGGCACGGAAAACUGAUCAUGGAUAAAAACCUGGCUGAGGAAGGUGUUCUCGAGGAAGCCGAGUUCUACAACAUUGCGUCACUGGUGAGGCUGGUUAAAGAGAGGAUACGGGACAAUGAGAACCGGACAUCUCAGGGUCCUGUGAAGCAUGUGUAUCGAGUACUACAGUGCCAAGAGGAGGAACUCACACAGAUGGUCUCAACCAUGUCGGAUGGUUGGAAGUUUGAGCAGCUCAUAAGCAUCGGCUCCUCUUAUAACUACGGCAACGAGGACCAGGCCGAGUUUCUAUGUGUAGUUUCCCGGGAACUCAACAACUCCACCAACGGCAUCGUCAUCGAGCCCACCGAGAAGGCCAAGAUCCUUCAGGAGCGAGGCUCGCGGAUGUAAAGAGACGCAGACGCUGAGCUGAAUAACACUUUAUCAACAAAAACAAAACAAUAACAUGAACAUUAUCUCCAGUUUUCAUCACGAUCCAUGAGUUUACCCUCCUCCUCUCUACCAUCGCCGCCUUCUCCAUCCUCAUCAACCCCUUCUUGUCCCUCCUCCUCCUCUGGUGUGCCUUUCCACAGCGGGUGGGAGGGGGGUGCCCCGACGCCACCCUGAUUUGUCUUCUCCUCCAUCGCCGGCUGUGGAGCGCUUCAGGGGAAGUUUAAAAGGGAUUACAAGUGAGUGGUUUUCCUCAUAGCAGCUUUAGUGAUGGGCAGUGUCACGGUGCCCGUCGUUAUUGUGAGUGGAUGGACGCCGAGCACAGAGCUACUAUAAAUCGUCAUCUUCAUCGUUAUCACCGUCACGUAUACAUAUUGGCUCCUCAGGACUCUCAAAGGACAUAAAGGAAAGAACACAACUCCACUGACUGAGCCUCUAUACCCGAAUCUGUUAAUGAAGUGAACGCCCGCCGCGUCCCCUCAACAGACACAGCAGACCGAGCCAGGAGGUGGAGCAGAGUCCGAUCGCUCUGUUUGAGCCAGCCUGGUGCAGCGUUUUCACCCGCUCUCUCUCUCUCUCUCUCUCUCUCUCUCUCUCUCUCUCUCUCUCUCUCUCUCUCUCUCUCUCGUCAUUAGAAACACCUUAAACGAGUGACAACCUAUCAUCUAACAGGCGUCCUGUCUCAGAACAUCACGACAUCCUACUCCUCCUGUUUCCUGUUCCCGGGCUCGAUUUUGGUUUGUCCUCCCCCCCCCUCCCCAGGGAGAAAAUUUUAGGAUAUUUCCGCGCAAAAAAAGAAAACCAAUGCCUCAAAAAAAAGACUACACCUGUGUACAAUUUGUCAAGGCAUGUGAGAAAUCUAUAUAUAUCUAUAUCUAUAUAGGCUACAUGAUGAAAUUAUAUGAAAUGCAAAUGGUGGAAUUACUGAUUUCUGUAUCAUAGUUGUCAUAUAUUUACAUAUUCUUGGUGGGUGAGUCUAUUUAAAUGAUGGGAGAAAAUAUCAUUUUUCCGUAACCAGUUUGUCCUGAAGGUUUCCCGCCCGGUAACACGGAUGUGAGUACGUGGAUGCAGUGCCUCUCUGCUUUCUGUCCAGGACUGAAAUAUCACAGUGUUUUUUUUUUUUCAGCUGCACGUUUUCUGUAGUGUUCCUCAAACGUUUUCUCUUAGAUAUCCUACUUUGAUCUCUUGCAUAUCUUAAAAUUGUAAUUAGGGAUGCGGAAAACUGUGGUUGCCAUUUUGUCCAGACAAACGUGGCGUGGAUUGGAUUGGACCGUGGCCCGUUUGUAUGCUGCCUCAAACCUCUUAAAGCACCCCUCUCUCCAUGGCCUUGUGCUAGUCUCAAUAUUCACUCACUUUGCAGCUGCCUCUGUUGCCGGUCCUCAACUUAAUGACUGUGUUGUCUUACAUUCUGCAGCACUUGUAGCAACUGUGUGGCGCAAGCUGAAUUUUACUCCUCCCCCUUAAAGCCCUGAGAUACCCGAGCCUACAUCAUGACAGAGAUUUACAGACUGUAAGCGAACCUGCCACACGGCUUCAGUUUCCUGAGCUUCAGAGCAAAGCCUUUAUUUCCGAUGUUAUGUGAUGUUGUUUUUCUUGGCUAAAGUAUAUUUCUCUUGAAAUAUACUUGACAUUAAGUUGCGGUGUGAUAGAGCUGAUUUAAACACUUGAAACAACAUUGGAGCAACGUGUAAAUACAUAUAAACUAGCCUGAUUCUAUCCCUCUGAACCGCUGCACAUAGCUCUGAAUUUAUAUAGAGACUUAACGAUUAUCAUGCUAAAUAUAUGAAAGUAUGUGUUCUUAAAUUUAUUUAUAGGUGAUUUGCACUUUUGUGCAAGUAAACAGAAUUGGCUUUUACUUCAAAUGUGCAUUUCCAAAACCUGUAGAGCUGCAAGUAACUUGAAGCUGAAGUCAAUUAACUGAUUAGUCGAUGAACAGAAAAUGUAUCUGCAACCAGAACUUUCUUUUCUCUGUUUUAUAUCAUUAUUAAUGUAUUAUCUUUGGGGGGUUGAUCUGAUAAAACGAGACAUUUGAAGAUGUGUCUUUGGGCUCCAGGGAUAUGUGACAUUUUUAACUUUUUUAGAUUAAACUAUUAAUCGGUUUAUUGAGAAAGUAAUCCGUGAAAUAAUCGUUAGUUGCUGCCAUAGCCGUCCCCAAACUGUAGGGCUUCAACUUGUGAUUGUUUUCAUCAUGAUGACCCUUUUUUUUUUUUUAAAUAAUCAAUGAAUUGUUUAGUCUAUAGACUCAAGUUCUUUAUCAUGCGCACAACCGUGAAGCAGAGAAGCAGUCGUUGGCAAUAAAACUCCCUCCGACAGUACUCAUCAAAUAUGUAUAAAAAUGAGAAUCCAAAAAUAGUGUGAGCUAGAAUAUAACACAUACAGUAAAAUAGACACCAUAACAAUAAAAGAAAAAGAGAAAGAAAAGUAGAGGAGGAGCUUGAGACAUGGAAGCCAUCCUUGGCGCCAUCUCACCUCCACUCUUAAAAUGUCAGAAAAUUGUGAAAAAAAUGCCAAAUGCAAGGGUUUUUUUUUUUUGCCGGUUAAUUGGCUGCAUUUUUCCGUCGAUCGACUAACCAAUUCAUUGAUUAAUUGUUUCACCACUUCACCCAAUAUAAUGUUGUUACUGGUGCAUAUGCAGCCUUGUUAUAUGAGCAACUUAAUGCAAAGUUUGAGCCAUAUUUACACAUAUCAGACGGAGAGUUGAAACAUCUCGUCGUCGCCCAUCCUGCAGACUGAACUCACGUUUUAAACCACCGUCCCUAAAAGCUAAAUCUUGAAUCACUUUGAUACACCCUUCUUUGUAUAAAGAACAUAUUUGAUGCAGUUAUGUUAUAUCAAGCAUGAACAAAUAGAGUGCGAGAGAAGAAAAAAAAAUACCUGUGCUCUUGUCCCUGAUGUUCAGUCAGGCCUCCGAGCUUAAACUUUGAUGUGACCUCCUCUUUGUUGUUUUUUUAGUUUUUCCUCUCGCGUGUGUGUUGUGCAGUUUUAUUCUGCUAAUCCGAGUCGUGAGCACACCGCGUGCUGCUAAAAAUGCCCAAACGUCUCAUCGAGGAGCACUUUUUUUUACUCCCUCGUUGUCUCUCUGGGCCUUUUGCAAAGCAUCUUGGGUGUUGUUUCCCCUUCGUCUGUGUCCAGUGUUGUGCCUUUUGACCUGUGUUGUGCACAGUUGUUCUCCCCUCUUUUAUCAUAAGGUGCCUCUCGUACCUUUUAAAAAA